UAGUGGAGGACCCGGGCUUUCCUGCCUUGCUUCAGCUCUCUUUUUAGCCGGCGGCGAGGCUGGGAUUGCUCGUCCGGUGUCACUGUGUAGUUUCCCUCCACAGCCUGCCUUGCCUCGCCCCGCCCUGCUGGGUCCACUUCUUCGGUGCUCCCCCGCCCCGGCCCAUGGCUCCAUGAAGCGCGGGGCGGUAGAGGUGGCGGCGGCGGCGGGGAGGCAAGAGCAGAAGCGGCGGCGACGGUGGUUGGGCUGAAAAAGUGACUGGGGCAGAGAGCCGUGUCUCCGGGGCCAGGAAAAGAGAAGGUUUGGGGAACAGGAAUGGGCCGUGAGAAAAGAAAAUUCAUUCCAGAUAUAAAAUAGUUUCCCCUUCCACCUGCCCACAACCCCCUUGGCAAUAACAAGGUGUCUGCUUUCAGGUUCUACAGUGCUCCAGACAGCAAGUGCUGAAUCAGGAUGGGAAAAAGACGCUGUGUUCCUCCACUUGAGCCCAAGUUGGCAGCAGGCUGUUGUGGGGUAAAGAAACCCAAAUUGUCUGGAAGUGGAACACACAGCCACGGGAAUCAAGCCACAACUGUGCCAGUCUCUAGUUCAGGUCCUCUUCAGAACCACCAGCAUGCAGAUGGGGGCAAUGGAAGGGAAAACGUAUCAGAUUUGACUUUGUGCCCUGGAAACUCUCCAAUUACUCGAAUGAAUCCCACUUCAGGAGCUUUGAGCCCACUCGCCCAGCCUAAUGGAACUGCCAACAGCACCAAGAACCUAGUGGUGACAGCGGAGAUGUGCUGCUACUGCUUUGAUGUACUCUACUGUCAUCUUUAUGGUUUCCCUCAGCCACGACUUCCUCGGUUUACCAAUGACCCCUAUCCUCUCUUUGUGACGUGGAAGACAGGGCGAGACAAGCGACUUCGGGGCUGCAUUGGAACUUUCUCUGCCAUGAAUCUUCACUCAGGACUCAGGGAAUACACAUUAACCAGUGCACUUAAGGACAGCAGAUUUCCACCCCUGACCCGUGAGGAGCUGCCUAAACUUUUCUGCUCUGUCUCCCUCCUCACUAAUUUUGAGGAUGCCACUGACUACUUGGACUGGGAGGUGGGAAUCCAUGGAAUCAGAAUUGAGUUCAUCAAUGAGAAAGGUGUCAAACGCACAGCCACAUACUUACCUGAGGUUGCUAAGGAACAAGAUUGGGAUCAGAUUCAAACAAUAGACUCCUUACUCAGGAAAGGUGGUUUCAAAGCGCCAAUUACCAAUGACUUUAGAAAAACUAUUAAACUCACCAGGUAUCGCAGUGAGAAGGUGACAAUCAGUUAUGCAGAAUACAUGGCUUCUCGUCAGCAUUGUUUCCAGAAUGGCACUCUUCAUGCCCCGCCCCUCUACAAUCAUUACUCCUGACACAAGGCUGCAUGACCAGUCCCGCCCCCCAGCUGCCACUAACAGCUAUGACAUCAUUGGGGCAGAUGCCUCCUCUUCCUGGUCCAGUUACUUCUAUUACUGCACCAUUUUAUGAUGCUAGCUUCCGUUGCCAAGUCUGCCUUCCAGCUGACUGAGGGGUUGGGGGAUACCAAUGAGUGCAACUGAACUCCAGGGGGGCCAAGCCUGACCUCUUCCUUGCUUCAGAAUGAAGGUUCAGUUGGGUUGAGGCUCCAAGACUAGCAGCUGCAGUUAGGUAGAAAGAACCUUGAGGAAUGGCAGUACCACUUCAGAUUGCUCUCUGUGUUAAAUUGCACUGUGUUUAUUUGAAUUGUUAAUUAUGACAGCCCCCUUGGAUCAAGUUGGAGAAUUCUCCUGGCAGUCUCGGCAACGGAGUCCAACAAAAGAUUUUUAGGUUAUUUUUUUUUAACCUCUGAUAUUUACCUACCAUGAGCUGAUAUGUCCUAACACAUCCCAGGCAAGCAGAAGACAUGACGUGUUGCAAGGAGGGUAUGUCUGCAGGGAUUCCUCCUCUUCCUUGCAGAAGAUGGCAAUUGCUCGACACCUUGAAGGGGAAAACAACUUACUGCAGAUAAAAUAAUUGCGUAUUACAUAUUCAAGAGAUUUCAGUUCAUGCAUCUAGCUACUUUUGCUUUUGACACAGAAGGAAAGUAGCCCCCUAGACAUGGACCCAUAAUACAUGCAUGAAAGUGUACUGGUUGUUUGUGGGAGUGGCUUAGGUUUCCUUUUCCCUCUAGAGUAUGAUCUCAUUUUUCUUUGGGGCUGCUCUGGGUAUCUAACCUAAACAUUAGCAGCAGGGUCUGCAGUUAGAUUGGGGCAGGUCUGUUCCCCACAAAGCCAUUAUUAUAAUCCUAGAGGGAAAAUAUGUGAAAGUUGACUAAAGGAAGUAUCCAGUGGGGACUGUGUUUAACAGGCAGCAGCUUUCUCUGUCAAGAUUCUGAUAUCCAGAUAAUGAAAUACGGUAAAUUAAAUAGCUUUUAAGUGGCUAUGUAAUACAGCUGUAUUGAUGUUUCAGCCCUAAAUCCAUGUACUUGGAAAUAAGUAAAAUUGGUUUAAAUUGAACUUGCCUUUAGAAUUGGAACCUGAGGAAUGUUUGGCUGCCAAAAAAAAAUCUGUUAACUCAGAUUCACUUUUUAGUAUCCUUUCCCAUUAUUGCAAAAAAAAAAAAAAAAAAGAUACCCAGAACACUAAGAAUUCCAUCCUUUCUGUUCAUCAUCCCAGGUCUCUUGUGUGAGUUGCUGAAUGAUGUCAUGAAUGCAGCUGGCAUUAUGACUCUUCUUAAAUGAAUCCACAGGAACUAUGGAAUGGUAAUGUCUGAAUGUCUUGAUGAUCAUCACUGAUGGGCAAAGAAAAUCCUGAAAAAAGAAGCAUAGUAUAAUGGAUUUAAUACCAUGUGUGUAGUAAAACUGGCUUUUAUAGAGAGCUGAUUGGAAGGCAUUUACUGAGAAUUCUCUCAGGUUGGGAUAUAGAUCUUCAGUCUUUAGGUUGAAUGAACAUUGCCCUAGGCAGGGACAAAUGCCUUCUGUCCUUAAGAAAGUGUUAAGAGUUGCCUGAACAGACAUUGAAUCAUUGAAGUAUAAAUAGACAUGAAUAGCCCAUAGUUUUAAACAGUAUUUGUCAUUAUCUGGCAUGGUUGCACAAAGAAAAGGGGAAGACAGCAGUUUGAUACCAUCUUCCUUGCAACAGGACAGUUCACAGUCUAGGAAGUCUCCAAAAGUGUCAGCCUAAGCAGAGUUACACCCUUCUAAGCUUGUUGAUGUCAGUGGACUAGAAGGAUGAAACUCUGCAUAGGAUGGCACAGAAAAUCACAACUAUUAGCACUACUGUUCCUUACAUUGCCCCAAAAGAAGACACAACCUUGAAUUUUAUUUGCCAAUGAAAAUUUACCUAGUUGUGAAAUGUGAAAAGGCACUCAUCCCAGAUAUCUGCGGUACCAACAGUUUUAGAAUUGUACUUUGUGUGGAUUGCCACUUUCCCCUUCUGAUGAUGUUGAACUGUGUUUGGAUAUGAAGGGACUGUUUCAUGAUUUUCUGCUUCUGAGAAUAAAUUAGCCUUGUUACAAAUUA